AUCCUGCUUUCUUUCCUCUGCUGAACAGAGCAGAGCAGAAGCAGCGAUUUAUCCCUAUCGCGGCUCCAGGAAUGGUUGGACCGCUGCUCCGCUCUCUUUACUCCGCCGCCGCUGGCAAAUUCUACUCAUCUUCUUCUUCCUCAUUGGGCCCUGCCUCUGUCUCUGCCUCUGCCUCUGCCUCCCAUUUCUUGAGGCGCCUGAAAGCUCAUGGAAACGCGGGCUUGGCGAGGCCAUAUUCGUCAGCGCCGUUGCCUUCAGCUGCGGAUGCUCCCGGAGGCGCCGUCGAUCCCAGUCGUAUUCGGAAUGUUGCUGUAAUAGCUCACGUUGACCAUGGGAAGACAACACUCAUGGAUCGGCUCCUGCGCCAGUGCGGCGCCGAUAUUCCACAUGAGCGUGCGCUGGAUUCGAUCAGUCUAGAGCGUGAGCGUGGCAUUACCAUAGCCUCCAAGGUUACAUCUAUUUCCUGGAAAGAAAAUGAGCUAAACAUGGUUGACACUCCUGGACAUGCAGAUUUUGGUGGUGAAGUUGAACGAGUUGUGGGCAUGGUAGAGGGUGCAAUUUUAGUUGUUGAUGCUGGUGAAGGUCCACUGGCACAGACAAAAUUUGUUCUUGCAAAGGCUUUAAAAUAUGGUCUACGUCCUAUACUUCUUCUAAAUAAAGUAGACCGACCUUCAGUUUCUGAGGAGAGGUGCAAUGAAGUCGAGAGCCUAGUGUUCGACCUUUUUGCAAAUCUUGGUGCCACAGAGGAGCAAUUAGAGUUUCCUGUUCUUUAUGCUUCUGCAAAGGAAGGGUGGGCCUCAUCCUCCUACACCAAAAGUCCUCCCAGUAACACAAAGAACAUGUCUGAACUACUUGAUGCAAUCAUAAGACAUGUUCCUCCUCCUGUUGCUAGCCUUGAUGCCCCUUUUCAGAUGUUGGUGUCUAUGAUGGAAAGAGAUAAUUAUGUUGGGCGGAUCCUCACAGGUCGCAUAUAUUCUGGCGUCCUCCAAGUGGGUGAUAAAGUGCAUGGACUUCAAAAUACGGAUUCUGGGACUGUCAAAAUUGAAGAGGGGAAGGUUGUCAAGCUGAUGAAAAAGAAAGGCAUGAAUAUUGUGUCAGUUGAUAGUGCUGGUGCUGGUGAUAUAGUGUCUAUAGCUGGGCUGUCUAGCCCAGCAAUAGGGCACACUGUAGCAACCGUUGAGGUUUUGACAGCUUUGCCUACUGUUGAGCUUGAUCCCCCCACCAUUUCCAUGACUUUUGGAGUUAAUGACUCACCAUUAGCUGGCCGAGAUGGUACUUAUUUAACUGGAAGACAAAUUGGUGAUCGCUUAAUGGCAGAAGCCGAAAGGAACCUUGCAAUAAAUGUUCUCUCUGGUACAUCAGACUCUUAUGAAGUUCAAGGAAGAGGAGAGCUUCAAUUAGGUAUCCUUAUUGAGAACAUGAGGCGUGAAAAGUUUGAGCUUUCUGUGUCCCCUCCUAGAGUCAUGUAUAAAUUUGAAAAUGGGCAAAAGCUGGAGCCAAUUGAAGAGGUUACAAUUGAGGUAAAUGAAGAGCACGUGGGUUUGGUUAUGGAAGCUCUUUCCCAUAGGCGAGGUGAGGUUACUGAUAUGGGGCCAGUCCCAGGCAAUGUUGGUAGGACUAGAGUUUGUCUGACUUGUCCUUCCAGGGGGUUGGUUGGUUAUAGAAGUGUUUUCAACAGUGAUACAAGAGGCACCGGAUUUAUGCAUCGAGCAUUCCUGAAGUAUGAGAAAUACCGAGGCCCCCUAGGACAUGUCCGAAAAGGAGUACUGGUAUCAAUGGGAUUUGGUACCAUCACUGCUCAUGCAUUGAUGAGUUUGGAAGCUCGUGGCAUACUCUUUGUCAAGCCUGGAAUGGAGACAUAUGAUGGCAUGAUUAUCGGUGAACAUUCCCGAGAUACAGAUCUUGAUGUUAAUCCUGUGCGAACAAAGGAGCUGACAAAUAUUCGUGCACCUUCCAAGGAUGAAAAUAUUAAGCUAACUCCUCCCCGAAUUAUGACUCUUGAGGAAGCGAUUGGGUACGUUGCUUCUGAUGAGCUAAUUGAGGUUACUCCUAGCGCCAUUCGUCUAAGAAAGAAAUACCUGGAUGUCAACAAGCGGAAAGCUAUGAGUAAAAGGCCAAAGGAGUGAGACUACUUCAAGCUCUACAAUUUUGUGAGCCAAUACCUACUCUUUUUAUUUCCAAUUUACACUUUUGCCGAAUUUUCCCAUACGAAUUGUUGAUAUAUAUAAGGGCAUAUAUAGUAAUUUAUAGCUUGUAAUAGUCUAUUAAUAAUAGGUUAAUCAUUUCUGUCAUAUUUAUCCUCACUGAUGAUUUAAUAAGGUAUUCUCCAAACUGCAAGAUAUUGCAGCUGUUGUUGUCACUUUCCAUUAUAUUUAAAGUUCAAGAUUUAACAGAAGUGCUGCUGAUAGAUAGUGAAUGGUUUCUUUUCAUUUGUAGUAAAAUUGGUUUUGUAUGAAAAGAGAUGUUGGAAUGUUAUUUGUACUAUGGGAUGUAAAUAGACAUUGAUCUAUGUAAAAUUAUUUUAAAGUAUAAUAUAAAAAAUAAAAAAUAGAUAUUUGAUU